AUGACUUCAAUUGAAGACCUCAUAUCAAAUCCUGCCCUGCUACUGCAUUCUUCACUGUCUCAACUUCGCUACCUCAUACUCAGUGAAGGGCUUCCCAUAUCUGAAGAUAAACAGCAGCAGCGCACGCGAUGUUACGUGUGGACGGUGCUCUCUCAAACCUCCAUGGAGGCGUCUACGCAACGUUUCCUUGCCCUCUUAAAACUGGGUCCACCUUCCACGAUUAUUUAUCAAAAAAUCAAGAACGACACAUCCAGGACUUUCCAAACGGAUCCGAACUUUAGGAAUAGGGUCUCGGAGGAUGCUCUCAUCCGAUGUUUGUCCUGCUUUGCUUGGCAAACACAGCAAAGAAGGCAGAAAACCCAUUUUAGUCGCAUCCCUGUGAGUACUUACGUGCAGGGUAUGAAUGUGCUGUUAGCUCCUUUACUCUACUCAUGUCCCUCUGAGCCAAUGGCGUACCAACUUUUCACUAAACUUUGUUAUGAAAUAAUACCGACGUAUUUGACUAAGAACCUAAAUGGCGCCCAGAACGGCGCUAAACUACUCGAUAUUUCGCUCAGAAUCAUUGACCCAAAGCUGAGUAAGUUUCUAUCGGACAACUUGCUUACAGCAGAGAUUUAUGGUAUGCCUUCGAUACUCACGUUAUCCAGUUGCAAUAAGCCACUUGACCAGGUCAUCAAACUGUGGGAUUUUAUGUUUGCAUAUGGCUUCCAUAUGAAUAUUCUCUUUGUAGUGGCAUUCUUAGUGAAAAUGAGAUCCAAGGUUUUCAAAUCAGAUUCUCCUGUCAAUUUAUUACGACAGUUCCCGGAUUUUGACGCUGAUGAGAUCAUUCGGCUGGGGGUCGGAUUCAUCGCUAAGAUCCCGGCUCAAAUUUACGACCUAUUGGUAGACCAUUUGACUGAUCCAGACAUAUAUAUACCAUAA